UCAGUUCAAUACAAUUAUGCGUUCCCCAUCAAAGAGUUUUGCAUAAGAAAUACAGUGAGUCAAAUAUAAUAUUAUACAACCCACUGUAUUAUAUAAAACCAGCACCUAAACUUUUUGAAAUCCUUCAAAAUUACCUCUAAAAAUCUACCUUUUUCCACAAAACCAGCACCUUUUCCCACUUUUCUUAAAUGGCUACAGUUCUUACAUCACCUUCUUUUCUGAUAAUUCUCUACUUACUUAGUAUUCCACUGAAAUUUGCUCAAGAUGUGAACUUCAUCUAUAAUGGCUUCCAUCAAGCCAAUCUACAUCUAGACGGAAUUGCAAAAAUCCACCCCAAUGGUCUAUUGCAACUAACCAACACUUCAAACCAACAAGUUGGUUAUGCUUUCCACCCACUCCCUUUAAAAUUUAACACAACUUCUACUUCCAGUUUAACCCCAUCUCUUUCAUUUUCCACAAACUUUGUAUUUGCAAUAGUUCCUCAAAUACCAAAUUUGGGGGGUCAUGGCCUUACCUUCACCAUCUCUCCCUCUUGGGACUUCACCCAUGCUGUAACAAGUCAGUUUCUGGGACUCUUCAAUUCCAAAGAUGAUGGCCUUCCAGCAAACCACAUAUUAGCCAUAGAGCUUGAUACUCUUCUGAAUCCUGAGUUACUAGAUAUAAAUAAAAACCAUGUGGGAAUUGACGUGAAUGGCGUGAUAUCAGUUGAAUCAGCUCCUGCAUCAUACAUUCCUAAUAAAGAAGGGAAGAAUAUAAGCUUGGACCUCUUGAGUGGCAACCCAAUGCACCUUUGGAUAGACUAUGAUGAGGCAGAAAAGUUACUGAAUGUAACACUAGCUCCAACCAGUAGCUCAAGACCAGACCAACCUCUCCUGUCAAGACCAAUUGAUCUGUCUAGAGUUCUCUUGGACUCUAUGUAUAUUGGUUUCACUGCAGCCACCGGAGGAGCUACAAGUGACCACUAUAUUCUUGGAUGGAGCUUUAAUAAAAGUGGACAAGCACAAAGCCUUGAUGUUUCCAAGCUUCCUUCACUUCCCCGAUUGAGGAAAAGAAAAGUGAAAGUAGGACAAGUGAUCAUGAUUUUGUUAGUAGCAGUACUGCUAGUGAUUGUGCUAAUAAUGAUUAUUGGAGCUGCUUACAUUUCAAGGAGGAAGAAAUAUGAAGAACUACGUGAAGAAUGGGAAAGGGAGUAUGGUCCUCACAGGUUUAUCUAUAAGAAUCUCUACAAAGCAACAAAAGGUUUCUCAGACAAAGGGCUUCUUGGAUCUGGAGGUUUUGGAAAAGUUUAUAGAGGAAUACUUCCUUCUUCUAAUGUACAAAUUGCAGUCAAGAGAGUCUCCCAUGAUUCCAAACAAGGGUUGAAGGAAUUUGUGGCUGAGAUCAUUAGCAUGGGAAGAUUAAGGCACAGGAACUUGGUGCAACUCCUGGGAUAUUGCAGGCGAAGGGGAGAACUCCUCUUGGUCUAUGAUUAUAUGCCCAAUGGAAGUCUUGACAAGUUCUUAUAUGACAAUGAAAAACCAAACCUUAACUGGAUUCAACGAUUUCGAAUCCUUAGAGGAGUAGCUUCUGGGCUUCUUUAUCUCCAUGAAGAGUGGGAACAGGUUGUUCUACACAGAGAUGUAAAAGCAAGCAAUGUUCUAUUAGAUGCUGAAUUAAAUGGAAGGCUUGGAGAUUUUGGCCUUGCCAGAUUAUACGACCACGGUACCAAUCCUCAAACCACCCAUGUAGUUGGGACAGUGGGUUAUUUGGCUCCAGAGCUCACUAGAACAGGAAGGGCAACCACUUGCACUGAUGUGUUUGCUUUUGGGGCUUUCAUGCUUGAGGUGGCUUGUGGAAGGAGGCCUAUAGAUCGACGACUGCCUGAAGAGGUAAUUUUGGUUGAUUGGGUUUUUGGGUGCUGGAAAAAAGGAGCUAUCCUUGAUGCUAGUGAUCCUAGAUUGGAAGGUAACUAUGUGAUGGAGGAAAUGGAAUUGGUUUUGAAACUAGGCCUACUUUGCUCACACUCAAUGCCCGCAGCUAGGCCUAGCAUGAGGCAAGUGAUGCAGUUUUUGGAUGGUAAUGCUGAUCUGCCAGAAUUACCUUACGACAAUGCUUGUUUUAGUAACUUUACAAGUACUGAAACAUCUGAGAUCUUAUUGUCAAUUCCUUCAUCAUAUGGCAAUGGUUCUGCACCUUCCUCCUCUACCACUGAUUCAAUCCUCAAAAGUGGUCGUUGAAUUAGCUGCAUAUCAUGCUAUGGGGUAGACUAGAUCAUGGAUCAAUGCUUGGCACCAAAUUAAACUGUGGCAAACAAAAAGCUUAGAGAUUGUUUGGGGAAUGGAGAUGAUUUAUAUACAAAGAAAUUUCAAAGAACAUGAUUUAUAUACAGUUCUUUCACAUAAUAUCGAAACUAUUAUUUGGUAGUA